GAUGGCUUUAUGACCAGCAGAAGGUGACACAACAUAUCACCUGAUUCGGCCAUGCUCCUGUAGGCACACGCUUCAACAAUCAACUGGUCGGCCGUCUGCUGGGACUCAAAGUGACCGCCAACAAAGGGGCUGCCGGGGAGGGCACUGGUCCUGUGUGCAUUCCCCUCCGCCAAAGGGUCCAUGGAGUCGGUGCCGUCUCGCCUGUCCUUGCAGUCGCUGGCUCGAGCAUCCCUGCCUUCCCUCUCGAGGCCGUCCCUGCCGUCGCCCUCUCUCCUUCUACUCCACCGCCGACUUACCGCUUUCUCUGUUGCCCUCCCCUCGUUCGCCCGAAAGCAGAGUCUCGCCGCUUCGCCACUUCGCCCCUUCGCUGCCCUCAGCGAACAGAGCGAUCUAUCUGAACAUACUGCUGCCAUUAUCGAUGGAAAGUUGAUUUCAAAACAAAUCAAGGAUGAAAUUGCUAGUGAAAUAUCUAGAAUGAAAGAUGCAAUUGGCAUUGUACCUGGUUUGGCUGUUAUUUUGGUCGGAACAAGGAAGGAUUCUCAAACUUAUGUUCGUAACAAGAAAAAGGGUUGUGAGUUAGUGGGGAUUACUUCUCAUGAAGCUCUUUUACCUGAAGAUGCUUCAGAAGAGGAUGUUCUUCGUCUAGUCUCGGGUUUUAAUGAUGAUCCUUCAGUUCAUGGAAUCCUUGUUCAACUUCCGCUACCAAAGCAUAUGAAUGAAGGAAAAGUCAUGGAUGCUAUUAGCAUUUAUAAGGAUGUCGAUGGCUUCCAUCCUCUCAAUGUAGGUUAUCUUGCGAUGCAAGGGAAGAAUCCGUUAUUUGUUCCAUGCACUCCAAAAGGUUGCUUGGAAUUGCUAAGUCGAUCUGGCAUCAACAUUGAAGGGAAGAGAGCUGUUGUUAUUGGUCGUAGUAAUAUAGUUGGAAUACCAGCUGCAUUACUAUUGCAGAAGCAAAAUGCCACAGUAAGCAUCAUACACUCCAAAACGAAGGAUCCUGAGAAAAUUACAAGAGAAGCUGACAUCAUCAUUGCUGCUGCAGGAGUCCCCAAUUUGGUUAGAGGCAGCUGGAUAAAGCCUGGUGCUGUGGUGAUUGAUGUUGGUAUCAACCCGGUAAACGAUCCUACAGCUCCGCGUGGUUAUAACUUGGUUGGUGAUGUAUGCUUUGAUGAGGCCUGCAAGGUAGCCUCUGCAAUCACCCCAGUUCCUGGUGGAGUUGGUCCAAUGACAAUAGCCAUGCUUUUGUCCAACACGCUGGAUUCAGCAAAAAGGAUGCACAAUUUCAAAUGAGGAGCAACUGUGAUUGGUAAGUUUGAUUCUACAAGGUGGAUGCCUUUUCUUGAAGUGGGGUCCGUGAGACCUCAUGGGUCGAUCAGGGUUUGCCUCAUUUCCAAACGCAUUUUUGCCUUAAGGUGCUUCAUAAAUUUAUCCGCUUUUAAUUGUUCUCAUCUUUGACUCCAGUCCGAGAAAGCAUGAAUUAUUGAUUGAUGGUGCCAAAGCAGUUGAGCAGUUUUCACUAUAACCUUGCACCACAACUUUUAGAUUGUAUAUGAUCAACAAAUUUUGGAAUGAAAUUGUUAGCUAGAAUGAGGGCCUGCAGCCAUGACAUGGCGUUAAUGGUGGGGAUGAUGUUUUGCCUUUCAAAAAAUCAUGAAAAAUGUGUCUUUCAAUUCUCAAA